AUGAAAGCCGUUGUGGUCGAGCAGACCGGCGGCCCGGAGGUCCUGCAAUCCAAGUCCUCCUACCCAGUCCCAAUUGCACAGACGGGACAGCUGCUCGUGCGCAACAACAUUUCCGGCGUGAACUACAUAGACACCUACUUCCGAACAGGAUUGUACCCCUCCGCCAAACCUGAGGUGCUAGGCCGAGAGGGCGCCGGUAUCGUCGCAGCCCUGGGGCCCAAUACCUCCGGCUUCCAGGUUGGAGAUCGAGUUGCCUGGCUAGGCACUGGCGGAUACGCCGAGUACACGGCUGUUUCAGCAGCUAGGGCGGCGAAGAUCCCUGAUGGGGUGAGCGAUGAAGAUGUCAUGGCGUCGUUUUUAAGCGGAAUGACAGCUCUCUCGUUGGCGAAGGAGACAUAUACUGUGCAACAGGGGGACUGGGUACUUCUUCAUGCUGCCGCUGGUGGCGCGGGCUUCUUGAUGACGCAGAUUCUUAAAGCUAUAGGCGCUAAGGUGAUUGGUACCGCUGGUGGGGUAGAGAAGUGUACGCUUGUAAAGAGCUUGGGUGCUGAUGUUGUGAUCGACUACCGCAGCGAAGAGGGCAAGGACUGGGUUAAUAAGGUCAAGGAAGCUACUAGGGGUCGGGGUGUCGAUGUCGUGUAUGAUUCUGUCGGCAGGGAUACCUGGGAGGGUAGUCUGGAGGCCGUGAAGCGUAAGGGUACCAUUGUCUGGUUUGGCAAUGCUAGUGGACCGGUGCCUCCACUUCCUCUUGCGAAACUCUCUCCUAAGUGUGUCAAGGUCGCCCGUCCCACUCUCUUCGGGUAUAUUGAGACACGCGAGGAGUUCGAGUAUUACACCAAGGAGCUCUUUAGCAUGCUCAGAUCUGGCCAGCUCAAGACCAAGAUUCACAAGGUCUAUUUACUGGAGGACAUUGCUGAGGUUCACAGUGAUCUCGAGGGACGAAGGACAAUGGGGAAGGCUCUUCUGAGGCCUUGA